UCCUGAUUCAUAUUCAUCACUUUUUUGUUUCUCCCGGACCUCAAUCUCAAUCACAGAUUUGCAUUUCAGAUUUCUCAUCUUUUGGACAGAUCCUCUCUGGAUAUUUUUUUAUUUUUUUGGUCUCUUGUUUUUUUGUUUGUUUCUUUCUUUCUUUCUGGGGAGAUAGAGAGCAGAAGAAAAGAAAAAAAAAAGAAAUCAUGCUCAACAACGUCGAUUUGAACUCUCAGGACUCUUUCUACCCCCAGUUUGACACCUGUAACGACUCAGCCAUCGGAAUGAUGGACACUAAGGAGCAUCAGGAUGUCUUCAUGGAGCCUGAGCGCGCAGCACCUACUCAGUUCGCACACGAUCCAACAGUCACUCCCAAAACCGAGCCCACCAGCGCGGAUCAAUACUCCUCCUGUCACGGCCCUAAGGGAAGCUACGACGCCUCGCUGUCCUACUCGGGCAGCUUCUACGUGGAGGCGUGUCAGGGCGCCCCCUGCAGCGCGGAAACGCUGCUCAACAUGAUCACCGAGAUCGUGGGCAUCUCCACGGGCCCGGUUCCAGAAGCGCAGCAGCAGCAACAACAUCAACAUCAACAACAAGAAGAUGCGCAACAUCAAAGCGAUACGAGUGCACCCCAGGAUCCUUCAUCCUCCUCAUCCUCCUCCUCCUCCUCCUCAUCCUCCACCCAGCCCGGGACGUUCCCCGUGGUCGUGAAAAGUGAGUUUGAGAACACCGGAGGCUGCUAUUACGAGUGGAACUCCUUCGGCAAAGCUGACAGCUAUGGGUUUGCAACAUCUGGCGACUUUUCAUCCGAGCAUCAUCAUCAUCAUCAUCAUCAACAACAACAACAUCAUCAUCAUCAUCAGGUGGAUAUGAAAGAGCUGCUGGACUCGCUGUCCGGUCCUGACAUGGAGUUCAAGGUGGAAGCCACCGGAAUUAAGCAGGAGCAAGGCUUCGGGGACGCUUGUAGUCAGAGUUUUGGCGCGUUUAACUACAGCGUCAUGGACGCGCAGUCGAGCAGCCUCCUGAAACCCGGUGUGUUUCCAAACUUCCAGUCCAUGCCCGGUCCGGGACAGUGCGAGCCUCCUCCUCCCCCUCCUCCUGCUCCGACCUACGCGACCUCCACCAUCGAUUCGCUCCUGUACUCCACCUUGCUUCCCCCAGAGCCGCUGGCACCGACGCGCACACGCGCCCCGAAGCGCAAGAGCAGCUCCGCCGCCUCCUCCUCUUCAUCUUCCUCCUCCUCUUCCUCCUCCUCCACGACCAAGGAGAAGCCCUUCACGUGUCCGAUGGGCUCCUGCGACCGGCGCUUCUCCCGCUCGGACGAGCUCAACCGGCACAUCCGCAUCCACACGGGCCACAAGCCGUUCCGGUGCCGCGUGUGCGCGCGGAGCUUCAGCCGCAGCGACCACCUGACCACGCACACGCGCACGCACACCGGGGAGAAGCCGUUCGCCUGCGACGUCUGCGGGAAGCGGUUCGCGCGCAGCGACGAGCGCAAGCGGCACGGCCGGGUGCACCUCCGGCACAAGGAGAAGACGCAGGAGCUCGGCGCGUGGCCCUUCGCCCUCCCCGAGGCCAUCUGA